CUUCCACUCCACGUUGAUAGGUCCGACCGCAAGGGAUUCUGGCUGCGAUUGGCGGAGAUCCGCGACGUACAGGGUCAGCCUGCGGGAGAGGACCAUUGAUUGGCUGCUGCCCUGAGUUUAAAAUUUAAAGGCUGGAAUUGGAGGAAGCGCAAGGAUGGUAAAUACAGAGACGGGUGUGAUGACGUAAUCGCUGGGCAAUGAUGAGCUAAUGCAGGGAGCAGGUGCCUGCCAGGACUGGCGUGAAGGGAUCUGAACUCUGUCUGGAUCAUGGCCUAGUCACACCCUGCACUGGAGCUCCAGCUCCUCGCAGAAAUGUGCAGAGGUUCCCUGCACUUCUGAAUCACCUUCCCUUCAGCCAUGUCCAGAGAGGUACCUGACCCGCUGGCUUCCUAGACCAUGAAUGGGGUUUGAGGCCGAUUUUGUCUGGCCAUCAGCCUCCGUCGCAGACUGGCCAAUGGCAUUUAACAAGACUAUAAGCAUGAAAUAAUUGCAGCUCUUUCCAGGAUGUCCACGUGAUGAUCUUCGUGGGUUUUGGCUUCCUGAUGACAUUCCUCCAGCGCUAUGGCUUUGGAGCUGUUGGUUUCAACUUCCUCCUUGCCGCCUUUGGGAUCCAGUGGGCUCUCCUGAUGCAGGGCUGGUUCCAUUCUUUCGAGAAUGGAAAGAUACUCAUUGGAGUGGAAAACCUGAUCAAUGCAGAUUUCUGUGUGGGUUCUGUCUGCAUUGCCUUUGGGGCCAUCCUGGGCAAAACCAGCCCCGUGCAGCUGCUCAUCCUGACGUUGUUUCAAGUCACGCUGUUUGCUGUGAACGAGUACAUCCUCGUCAGCCUGCUCCACGUUAAAGAUGCUGGUGGAUCCAUGACCAUUCAUACGUUUGGAGCCUAUUUUGGCCUGACAGUGACCAGAAUUCUGUACCGGCCCAACCUGGAACAGAGUAAAGACAAGCAAGGCUCUGUGUACCACUCCGACCUCUUUGCUAUGAUCGGUACCCUGUACCUGUGGAUGUACUGGCCCAGCUUUAACUCAGCUGUUUCAAACCACGGGGAUGCACAGCACCGAGCCGCCAUUAACACCUAUUGCUCACUGGCCUCCUGUGUCCUCACUACCGUGGCCUUCUCCAGCCUGCUGCAGAAGAAAGGCAAGCUCGACAUGGUUCAUAUCCAGAAUGCAACGCUGGCCGGUGGCGUGGCUGUGGGGACCAGCGCAGAGAUGAUGCUGACUCCAUACGGAUCCCUCAUCGUUGGAUUCCUCUGUGGCAUUGUGUCCACCGUUGGGUUCGUCUACCUCAUGCCAUUCCUGGAGUCCAAGCUGCACAUCCAGGACACCUGCGGCAUCCACAACCUACAUGCCAUGCCAGGGCUUAUUGGGGGCAUUGUGGGGGCUGUCACCGCAGCCACAGCCACUGAAGAGGUGUAUGGAAAGGAAGGGCUCAUCAGUGCCUUUGACUUCACGGGUGACUACAAGGAUCGGACACCCAGUGUCCAAGGGGGGUUCCAGGCAGCUGGCAUUUUCGUGUCCCUGGCCAUGGCCUUGGCUGGAGGGGCCAUUGUGGGUGCUAUUUUGAAAAUCCCAUUCUUGGGGGACCCUGCAGAUGAGAACUGCUUUGAGGAUGAUGUCUACUGGGAGGUGCCUGAGGAUGAGGAGAGCGGCCUGUACCACAUGCAUGACCCCACCCUCAAACCUGUGACUUCCUAACCCACCUGGGUGGCAUUUGGACUCCUCCUCAGUCUCUAGCUCCCCAGAGAAACUACUGGUGUAUUUCUAGAAAAGGAGGUGCCCUGUGCCAAUCCCCAACUGGACACAGACUCUUUGAGAGCUUCCAAAGGCCCCAUUUCCUUUCCCACAUUCCCCUCCAUGGUGGGAUAGCCUGGAAGAGGCCCUGUUUACACUAAGCAACACUCUGGAGAACAGCCAGUGAAGCCAUAUGUCUGUGCACAGGGCCAGAGGUUUGAAACAGACACUGGGGCAUCUCCCUUAGCACUGCCACGGGGCAGCAGCAGUGGGAGAGGGCUUAGCACCUAUGGGGAGUUGUUUUACUAGGUGCUUGCUGGGUGGGAUCUCUCAGGUUUCAAGUUCCCAGAUUUUACACUGAAACAAUUCAGCUGGCACUGUGCCUAGGCCCAGAGUUAACUGGGCCCCAUGACACCUUGGAUGCUGGGGAUUGUGGAGGGUGAAGUGACAAUAAUAAUGGAUCCAAUUCGAGGGUAAGAGAAGCCUGUCCUUGCAGCUGGGGGGCGCUGUUACACUUAGAGGAGAUAAUCAUACUUGGCACAUAUCCAGUGCUUUGCAAUCGUUAAUAAUUAACCCUCCCAACACCCCUGUGAGGUAGGUAAGCAUCAUUGCCCCCAUUUGGCAGAUGGGGACCCAGAGGCACAAGGAAAGAAAGUGACUUGCUCCAAGGAUUAGAACCCAGGAGUCUGGGUGCCUACCUCUUUCUCAGUUCCUUUGCGAUGCUGACUCAAAACAAGUGUUUGCUUUCUUGGCCUGACCACCAGGUCCCUGACUGCUGGAGUUCGGCUGCCCUUCUCUCUCCCGCCUCUUUGCCAUUAGCUCUUGCUCCUUGGAUGUGUGAAUAAAAAGCUCCGUGUUAUUCUUUCCAGCGCUGUGCACCGUUGGGUAAUGAGCAGUGAGACUCAGGUGGGACUCUGGCCAUUGCCCUAUUUCCCCCAGUAGCAAUACAAAGGGAGCCAUUAUGGGUGGAUGCUGGGAUAGAGUCAGAUUCACUUGCCACGUGAUUGGUUCAUGGGAAUCUUUCAACCCUCAGUAGAAGGUUUGGGGUGGGGGAGGAGGGCAGGUUGAUCCCUGUUUUUGUUGCACAGAGUCCCAUGCUACCAGCUUCCUUGAGCAGGCCAACAGCCCCCUUCUGCCACUACAGUGGGGUGGGGAACGGGAAUACUGCUGGUGAAAACAAAGGAGAGCGCAUCUAAAAUCCAAGGACAUGGGGUGAGGGGAACCAGUUGGCCUAUGGCCCAGCACCAUGUUCCUGAAAUACAUUGCAAUCCAUCUUUUCCCAGGCACUGAGCCCCCUCCCCUCAACUCCCACUGGAGUCAGGGGAGCUGGGAAGCUCCACACCUCGGGGAAUUGGGCCCACAUGGUCUGCUUUCAGAUUGACUUCAGACACGUGUGUUUUGAAUACCAGGGGCUGACAAUGCUAUUGUGUCUGGGACAUAUCAGGGCCCAACUGCUUAGAACCGAGCGCUUACAUGGGCUCAGAUUUCCCAAAGAGCUCAGCUCCCAUUUAGGCACCAAAAUAAAUUUUCCAAAUUGCUCAGCAUGCGGGGUGCUGGGCCCUUUUGGAAAUCUGGCCCUGAUGGCAAAUGCUGAGCACUUGAAAAUCAGUCUUGUACUCCGUAAGCACAACCAUCCCAGCUGUGCUCACAUUCUCAGCCAGUGUCCAUAUCAGUGACUGGUUUGAGGUCUGGCUGGACAUUUGGGUGCACAGUUAUACUCACUGCAUGUGAAAUCACAAUAGCCAUGCACACAGAUAUCACACCUGCAUGGUUCUGAUGAUCUGGGCCUAGGACUGCCUUGUGGAUCAUUGGUGUCCUGCCUCUGCUUCUCCAAACUGCUGGUGUUUGGGUCCAAAUGGUGUUGUACUGGCUACUUGUGGGAAAUAUUUUUGCUGCACGUUGAUCCCUUGUGAAAAUGGGUCAUUUUGCUCUUCCAGUCUGAGCAGAACUGCUGCCUCUGUUGUCCCAACUCCCAUAUUCUCCAGGCUACAGUGACUGGGCAUCCAUCAGUCUCCUGGGGAAGCUGUUUCACUGACUAUUAGGAACUUUUCCCUCUUUGUUGGUUUCUGCCAUUCCUCCUUGUCUACUCCCUCUCCUGGGACAGAUCAUUCCCUUCUAUCUAGAUGGUUAUGCUGGGGUGUCCUGAUCCGUCAGAGUCCAAGAUACAGAAUGUGGAUCCCUUUCCCAUGUUAAUAAUACCUAGCUCUUGUAUAUUGCUUUUCAUUGGUAGAGCUGGAAGUGCUUUACAAAGGAGGGCAAUAGCAUUAGCCCCAUUUUACAGAUGGGGAAACCGAGGCACAGAGUGGGGAAGUGAUUUGCCCAAGGUUACUCAACAGAGUCAGGAAUAGACCCCAAGUCUCCUGAGUUUCAGUCUAGUGCUCUAGCCACUCAACCUCCUCCCAUCCAUCAAGGACAUAAGGGAAAAACUGGCAAUAAGAGAGGAAUUUGGAGGCAGUGGAGAAAACCCGUUCUGGAGCCAGUGUAUUUCUCAGGGUAAUGUAUGAGGAACAGAGAGGGAAAAGGAAAGAAAGGCGGAGGGAGGGGUGAUUGGAUCUCUUCUCUAUGUCUCUCUGUAAUUCUCACACCUGAGGGGGGGAGGUGAAAGUAGCUAUUCACGCCCCCUUGGGAUGUGACACCCUCAUUUUCCAUGCUGGGUAAAGACAAAAACCCUUUAUAACAUGUUUCUGGAAUUUGUCAGCAGCUGCCAGCGGCAGCAUGUUAAUUAAAUGUCGGCAAAGAUGGAAGCAAGAGGCCCUGCUCUAAUUGGACAGUUUGCUUGGUGGAACUGAAAAACAUUGUGACAAAGGAGGAGGCUCUGAAACGCUGUGUUCCCGGGGCGAGGAAACCCAGCGCAAGGAGAUGCUCUGGUAGAAAUCGGGGUUUGUCUGAGUUUGACCUGAGACGACCCUGCUAUUUAAAAAAAAAAAAAAAAAAAAAAAAAAAAAAAAGACUGCCAUCCUCUGCAGUAAUGGCCCGAAGUCUGCAGCUUGGAGCACUGUGGCAGUAUGGGCCAGUACUGGAAGGGAAGAGACAUGCUUAUGCACAGUGGUGGAUUAGCUGAGGGGAGCCCAUGACCCUCCAACUGCCCUGUGCGAGGGGCUGGGGUGUCCAAGAGCAGCCCCCAGCCCAUGUCCCCACACUGCCCAGCACAGGUGGAAGGCCUGGGGCUCCCCACAGCAGCCAGGCUCCUUGGGCAGCUCUUACCAUGGUCCGGCUCUGGCUUCUGGCCUGGCCAGUUGGCUGGGCCUUGGGGAAAGAGGAGGAGCAGGGGGCAGGGCCUCGUGAUGAGGAGGGCAUGAGGGGCCCAAAUGUUCUUUGUGCCCAGGGCCCCAGUAAGUCUUAAUCCACCUCUGCUUGGGAAGGGUGGGAAAAACUAAGGGCUGGGCUGUUGUGGGGCAGUUUGGAUCUUUAAAAGGGAAGCUCUUCCUGACACCCCCACAGGACCUGAGUCAGAGUCUCCAUUGCAUGCACCUUACAGCAGUGCAAAGGGAGUGGGAACAUGAUCAGAUCCAAGUGGCAGGGUUUUGUCCUGGUGGACUUGAUGGCACAAUGUGCAAGGCAGUGAAGACUCAAGCCCUUGUGAUGAGGCUGGUAGCAAUCAGUGCCACUCCUGGGUCAACUGGAGAGAGGGAGAUGAGCUGCCCCUGCCUCUGCAGUUCAGCUGGCUGAAUUGGCAGGGAUCCUAGCCCCCCACCCUCAUGCCUGUAGGGAGCCAGGGACAGACCUUAGGAGCUUCAGUCUUUUGUGCUAAUCACUCUAUUAAUGUGAUAAAAAGCCAUUCCAGUAUUGUGAAGUAGUCCCUUCCCUGCUUAACUAACUUCUCCCCGGGAGCUUGGGGACCUUACUGCAUUUUCCAUAAGAACGGCCAUCUGGGUCAGACCAAAGGUCCAUCUAGCCCAGUGUCCUGUCUUCUGACAGUGGCCAAUGCCCAGCGCUUCAGAGGGAAUGAACAGAACAGGUAAUCAUCAAGUGAUCCAUCCCUGGCACACAGAUGCUACGGAUACUAUGCUAAUAGCCAUUGAUGGACCUAUCCUCCAUAAAUUUUUCUAGUUCUUUUUUGAACCUUGGUAUAGUUUUGGCCUUCAUAACACCCUCGGCAAAUAAUUUCACAGGUUGACUGUGUGCCGUGUGAAUACAUACUUCCUUUUGUUUUAAACCUGCUGCCUAUUAAUUUCAUGUGGUGACCCCUAGUUCUUGUGUUAUGAGAAGGAGUAAAUAAAACUUCCUUAUUUACUUUC